AUGGACUCAUCAACUGACGAAGAAUACGUCCCCGAUGCCCCCAGCCACGAACUCCACGCUCUUACUACUGUACCCCCACAAACAAUCCGCUUUUUCCUCGACCCCCACCGUGUCACGACUGGUCGUGAGCUCGCCGACGGCGAGCGAAAACGAUUGUACAACGCUCUUCGCAAACUCAAGGCCAACGGUGCAGUGCCGCGCGGCUCCAUGAAGGCUCUGUGUGCCGAGUACGGCGUGACCCAGCAAGCGGUGUCGAUCAUCUGGCAGCUGUGA